AGUCAAAAUUGGAGUCCACUCCACACAAAUUAGAAAUUCCCAGCCCUUGACAAUCAAGGUCGGAGAACGGAAAAUCUGGGGUGGGAGUCGCUACUCCGCCGCUCUUUGUUCACCCGCGGCCUGCCGGCCACCGAAGCCCUGCGCGGCUGAACAUCUCCCACCCCCUCCCGAACCGGUAGUCAUAAGAGGUUUGAAUUCUUCAAUUUUUUGAGAUCAGAAAUUCAGAACAGACUAAUACAAGUUUAUUUCUGCUUCCAAGGAUGGCUUUAGUCGUUAUAUGUGGCCAACCGUGCAGUGGGAAGUCGGCCACUGCAGCCUGCUUAGCUGAGGCUCUUAAAAACACCGAUGCCAAAACAUCUGUCAGAAUAGUUGACGAGACCUCCUUUCAUCUUAGCCGUAACAACAGCUAUGCCAACAUGACUGCUGAAAAGAACCUAAGAGGAGUGUUAAGGUCUGAGGUUGACAGAUCUUUGUCAAAAGACAACAUCAUCAUCGUCGAUUCCUUAAACAGCAUAAAGGGUUACAGAUAUGAGUUGUGGUGUUUGGCUCGUGCAGCCGGGACCAGAUAUUGUGUGGUGUACUGUGAUGUGGAACAGGACACGUGCCAAACGUGGAAUAAUGAACGCAUGGAAAAAGGCGAACCUGCAUAUGAUGAAGAAAUCUUUCUUGAUUUGGCGAGAAGGUUCGAGAGGCCAGAUAGCAGAAACAGAUGGGAUUCUCCAUUGUUUGAGCUGUGGCCAGCGAGAGAUGUGAUUGACAAUUCUAACAAAGCUAUUGUAGAUGCUGUUUCGUACUUGACCAAAAGAGUGGACUCGAAAACAAGGGAUGUUAAGAUCUUACAGCCAACAAUCGCGACGCAAAGUGCUCGAACAUCAGAGGCUAAUUCUCUCUAUGAGAUGGACAAAGCAACUCAAGAAGUCAUCAAUGCCAUUGUUGAAGCGCAAUCUCGUGCACUCGGUGGGCCCCUCAAUGGGGUGUCUAUAGGGGAAGGGCUACCUAUUGUUGAUAUUUCAAGAUCCGUUGGGUUGCCGGAGCUGCGUAGGCUUCGUCGGACAUUCAUUAAGCUCACCGGGCAGACUAGCCUCAGUGGAGCACCCCCUCCUUCAGAUGCUUGUAGCGCUAAGAGGAUGUUUGUCGAUUACUUAAAUAGAGAACUUGGUAACAACUGAAGAAAUUAAUGAUGAUGAUGAUGGUUCUUGAGUGGUCAUGAACAAACAUAUAUGAUGGGAGAUUAUUCAUGUGCUGGACAAGUUAGUUUCUUGUUAUUUUUUUGCCUGGUGUUUUCAAAUCAUUCUCACGGGUUUUGUAAUUUUGUUCAGUUGUGGGUGCCCUAUGGCAAUGUGCAUCGGCUUCAACUUCAAGAGAUCGUAGCAGAAAAUGUUGCUGUAUCCUGCCACUUUGGCUCUGGCCAGGUUUUAAAUUAAAUCUGCUCCCAAACUCUAUUUUUAAUAUUAUCUGAUGAAACAUCUCACACAUAUUAUGUUGUUUAAAGUUGUGCUUUUUACAAUAAAUUCAUGCAGUACACGGUUUCCCCUGUCAUAUAAAAGUUUAAGAUGAUA